AGAAAUUAAUUUUUCGUUAUCAUAGUCUGCAGUCGUUUGAAUAAAAGUUGAUAUUUUUAGAUGCAGCCACCUCCCCCUCCCUUCCUACGCGUGCGUCCUACCCGCACGUCUCUCUCGGGACUCGAGCAGAGAGCCUACCCCAGGUACACUCGUAUUUGACGUCAGAGACCUUCGUAAUUUGACGUGUAAACAUUUCUCAGCCCUCUGCACGGAUUACGGAUGUUUCAAUGAGGCAAUAACAAGUCAGUUCACGGACCAUUUUCAGAGAGUCGCGAACAAGGGGAACGCAAAAAAACGGAUUCAUUCAUUUGAAGUUCAGCAUUUUUGGUUCAUUUUCUGUUGUCUGUGCUGCUUUUCUUGAGCAUCUAUCCAAGAACACAAUUUCUUAGCUCCUAUUCUUCUGACAUGGAAGUGAGAUGUCGCCCAAUGUUGACGAGCUGUGCUCUUGCGGUUCUCUGCUUCAUCGUUCAUUCCGUGGAUGCUUCUUUCGGGGACAGACAGUACCUCAACGAAUGGGCAGUCGAGAUUCCAGGAGGAACCGACGCUGCCAGGUUAAUCGCCAGAGAAUUGGACUACGAUUUGGUCCGACAGAUUGGGACCCUAGAAAACCAUUAUUUAUUCAAACACCCAAAUCAUCCUAGCAGGAUGAAAAGAAGUGCACCUCAUAUCACCAAACGGUUGUCUGAGGACGACAGGGUGUCAUGGGCAGAGCAACAGUACGAGAAGCGUCGCAGUAAGCGAGCGUCGCUCAGGAGCUGCAAGGACUGCCCUGCAGACAAGCUCUUUGAUGAUCCAAUGUGGAACCAGCAGUGGUAUCUGCAAGACACCAGGACCUCGUCCUCCCUCCCCAAACUGGACCUGCACGUGAUUCCCGUGUGGAAGAAAGGCAUCACGGGAAAAGGUGUGGUCAUCACCGUUCUGGACGACGGCCUGGAGUGGAACCACACCGACAUCUACCCCAACUACGAUGCAGCAGCCAGCUAUGAUUUCAAUGACAAUGACCCCGACCCAUUCCCCAGAUAUGACUCCACUAAUGAGAACAAGCAUGGGACCAGGUGUGCUGGUGAGAUUGCCAUGCAAGCAGACAACAACAAAUGUGGGGUUGGAGUAGCUUACAAUUCCAAGGUUGGAGGGAUCCGCAUGCUGGAUGGUAUUGUGACGGAUGCCAUCGAGGCCAGUUCAAUUGGUUUCAACCCGAACCAUGUGGACAUCUACAGCGCCAGCUGGGGGCCCAACGAUGACGGCAAGACAGUGGAGGGGCCCGGUCGUCUAGCCCAGAAAGCCUUUGAGUAUGGCAUUCAGAAGGGGCGUGGAGGGAAGGGCUCGAUAUUUGUGUGGGCGUCAGGAAAUGGAGGCCGUCAAGGGGACAACUGCGACUGUGAUGGCUACACAGAUAGCAUCUAUACAAUCUCCAUUAGCAGUGCCUCACAGCAGGGCCUGUCACCCUGGUAUGCCGAGAAGUGUUCCUCCACACUGGCCACAGCCUACAGCAGUGGGGACUACACCGACCAGAGAAUAACAAGUUCAGAUUUGCAUAAUGAAUGUACCGAGACACACACCGGAACAUCCGCUUCCGCCCCACUGGCUGCUGGGAUAUUUGCCCUGGCACUUGAGCAGAACCCAGAGCUUACCUGGAGAGACCUGCAGCAUUUAGUGGUGUGGACAUCUGAGUUUGACCCGCUUGCCAAUAACCCGGGCUGGAAAAGGAAUGGGGCAGGCCUCAUGGUGAACAGUCGCUUUGGAUUUGGCCUGCUCAAUGCCAAAACUCUUGUGGACCUGGCAGACCCAGCCACCUGGAAACACGUCCCUGAAAAAAAGCAAUGUAUCGUCAGAGAUGAAGCUUUCCAGCCUAGGGCAUUGAAAGCAGCAGGGGAAAUCACCAUAGAAAUUCCCACCAAGGCGUGUGUAGGGCAGGAGAAUGCUGUUCUGUCACUGGAGCAUGUGCAAGUGGAGGCCAGUAUUGAGUACACCCGAAGAGGAGACUUGCAUAUCACGCUUAUGUCCCCGUCAGGCACUAGCACGGUACUUCUGGCUGAGAGAGAGAGGGACAUUUCCUCCAACGGUUUCAGGAACUGGGACUUCAUGUCCGUCCACACCUGGGGUGAGGAUCCCACUGGAACUUGGACUCUCAAGAUCACAGACACGUCAGGGCGGAUGGAAAACGAGGGUCAGAUCUUGAGCUGGAAGCUGAUUCUCCACGGGACCUCAGAGAAACCGGAGCACAUGAAGGAACCCAGGGUGUACGUUCCCUACAACGCCGUGCAGAACGACCGGCGUGGAGUGGAACACAUGGAUGACAUGAUGGAGGAGCUUCCCAAAGCAAAGACCCCACCCCAGAAGACCCCGCCCAGUCCUGCCAAGGUCUCACUUCCCACAAACCCAGGGAAAGAGCCGCCCUCCACCUCUCCCCUGUCCCCCUCCCUCGCUCUGCUGCGUCUUCUCCAAACGGCCUUCAACCGGCAGACCCCGGCCUCCCUGCCCACAUCCCCAGCAAAACCCCUGUCCUCCUGGGGGAGCCACUACCAGCGUCUUCCCCCACAGAAGCUGUACCAGGCCCUGGAUAGGAUCAACCAGUACCGGGGGAAAGAGGACAGCCUGUACAGCGACUACAGUGAUGGCUUCUACAGCACCAAGCCCUACAGGCACAGAGAUGACCGGCUGCUGCAGGCACUGUUCGACAUGCUGGGAGAUGACAGCCAGUGAGGUGGGAAGGAGAGGGCGGGGGGUGGGGGAGGAACUGAGGCAGACAGGGAGGAAGGGAUUGAGGUAGAAUAGAGGGGUGGGUGAUGAGGAUCCUGGAAGGCACUGUCCAGUCAGGCACAAAUCUAUUUGAUGAAGUUCAGUUCAAAUUCAAUCAUAUAAGAUUACAUAUCAUAAGCAUAAAUGGUACUAUGGAGUAAAAUUAUGGCAUAUCUUAUGACUGCUCUAUACUCCACUGGCUGCUUAUUGUUUAAGUGUUAUUAAUUAAAUUGUUAUGAUAUUAUAACUAAAUUGUGAUCCAUGCAUAAAAUACUAUUAUUAGCUGGUUCAUCCAUCAGCUGAGUUAGUGCCAGGCAUGACCAAAGGCAAUGGGCUGUACCGUAGGCUGUGGCCCUGUGUGCUGUAAAUUGACCAACUCUGAGCUGAAUGUGAUAGAGGCAAAACUGGGCAGAGACGAAGUGUGGAGAAAGAGAAAGUGAGUAGGAGUGAGGGAAAGUAAAAGAAAAUUUUAGUUUUGUAAUUCUGUUCCAAAAUAUGCUGCAUAACAAGAAAUAGCAGCUUUCCAGCCUCUUUUUCUUUCUGUUUCCUUUUCUUCCGUUUUUCACUUUCUGCUUGAGCAUGCCAUUUUAAAAUAUAGUUCUGUACUUGUAGCUAUAUAAUCUACAUAUUAUACAAAGACAAUGAUUGUAAUAUUAUUUGAAAGAUACAUGACCUGAAAUCCUCUCACAAACUCAAUACUAUUAUUGUUUCUCUGUUGGGACAUGUCAAUGUCUAUAUUUAUUUUGGUGCAAGGGUGGACAUGCUUACUUUGAUCUUACUAACUUUCAUACUUGAGAGUCAAAUUAAAACUUGUUUUACACAAGUUAAGAUUUGGGCACAUGACAAUAGUAUAAUGUUUAGCAGGGCCAGCGUUACAAGUGUAACAUUAAAUAGGCCUCUAUAUACCACUUCCUUUUCAAAGUUGAAACUCGCAGUUGUUGACAAAUGGUAUAUUAUUCUCAGGGUGUCAACAAAGUAUUGGAGAGUUUGAGAACUAGCUGCAGCCCUUCAUUGUGUUCUCCUGAAAGUAUUAGUGGUACAAAUACAGACUUGUUCUUUAAAGUACAAAGUAACACAUGCUAUUUGAGAAAAAUGAUGAAUAGUCUUUUGGCUUUUUAUUAAAAUAAAUAAAUUAAAGGAAAAAUGUAAUCAUUCAAAAACAAAAGAGAAACACAAUCCUGCAACCAGACUUCACAAUCAAUCCUGGACAUGUGCAAUUUGAUUAUUUUUUCUAUGUGAAAGUAUAAUGCUGCAUCAAAUAUAUAAAUAUUUUUGAAUUUUCUAUAAAUUAUUCAUAUUAUAUCAAAUAUAUACAUAUCCCGUGAUUAAUUUAUUGAACCUUAUUUAAUGUGAUAUUUAAGACAAUACAAUUAUGUGCUGUGAUUAUUACAACUUUAAGAAAUUAUACAUACAAAGAAACACUGCCACAAAACAAAUCCAAAAGAUUUUCUGUGUUUAGGCGGGUGUGAAACAGGCCUAACAUGAUGUUGCUGUUGUAGCUAUUUAUUAUUAACUAUCCGUCAAUAACACCACUACAUAGUUAUGUUUAAUUUAAUGAAAACUUGAGUGUAGAUGAUUGGUUUCUAUUACAAAGUCGCCAGUUUGAAGGUCUCCCAGUAUCACUUUGGUGUGGGGCUAUAAAACUAACAUUCCUUAAACCACCUUGGCAUUAAAAUUUGCUCUACUUAUGGUCUAACUCCACAAACUCUGGUAACUGAAGCCUUUAUAAAUGCUAAUGUAAUGCUUAUGACAAUGUUACAGUAGGAACUGUAAUAGGUGUACUAAGAGAUGCACUAUGUAGAGUCCCUCCCCUAAAUUGAUAAUCCAUCUGUUUUAUCCAAUGUUGGUUGGACUGGACUUCCUGCCCGGUGAUAUUAACCCCACCUCUCUGCCUCAAUAAGGUGAAGACUGAGAUGAAAGAGGAAAAUAGGUUUACAUUCAUUCUGUAAUUUAUCCAUCUUUAAAUGUAGAUUGUGUUGUUUAUUUGUUUGGUUCUGUUGUUUGGGUUUGAUUGAUGCUUCUGUCCAAAGUUAUUUACUAGAGCUGAACUAUGUUGCCAUUUCUAUGUGGAUGUAAAACAUGAGAUUUACCUUAAUAAACUGCAAAGUGAC